GGCUGAAAGGAGGGAGACACGGGAGCGGCGGCGGCAGCGGGGUUUGUACGCAGGUCCCGAGGCAGAGGCGCUUCCCAGCUGGUCCCCGCGGGGUUCUGCGCGCUGAACUAGGCUUGGGGGGAGGGGGGGUCUCCUCUUCCCUUUCUUUCCCCGUGUCUUUCUCCCGGAGAGGCUGCGGAGGACUGAGUCCCGCCCGGGGCAGGGACAUCCGCAGUGGGGCUGUGGCGCCGCUUUCGUCGGGGUAGAGAAGGGGCUCGGCCGAGGGGUCCUGCUGCCUGGCCUGUGACCAUUCCAGCCCUGUAUUUUGUCUAACUUCCACUGAGAGAAGAAAAGGAGGAGUGAAGACAGAGGCGAGGGCUUGUGGAUGCACUUAGAUGUUUGCAAUGAGCACUGUGGCUGGCAUGCCCCAGUGUUUUGGAUACCAAUGCAUAGGACUCCGUAGUAAUCGAAUUUAUCAGAAACGAACGUCAUGAGCAUAGUGAUCCCACUGGGGGUUGACACAGCAGAUACUUCUUAUUUGGAAAUGGCUGCAGGCUCAGAACCAGAAUCUGUAGAAGCUAGCCCUGUGGUAGUUGAAAAAUCGAACAGUUAUCCACACCAGUUAUAUACCAGCAGCUCGCAUUCACACAGUUACAUUGGUUUGCCCUAUGCAGACCAUAACUAUGGUGCUCGGCCUCCUCCAACGCCUCCAGCUUCUCCUCCUCCAUCAGUGCUUAUAAGCAAGAAUGAAGUAGGCAUAUUUACCACUCCCAACUUUGAUGAAACUUCCAGUGCUACCACCAUCAGUACAUCAGAGGAUGGAAGCUACGGAACUGAUAUUACCAGAUGCAUUUGUGGCUUUACGCAUGAUGAUGGAUACAUGAUCUGUUGUGACAAAUGCAGUGUCUGGCAGCACAUUGACUGCAUGGGGAUUGACAGGCAGCAUAUUCCUGACAUAUAUCUGUGUGAACGUUGUCAGCCAAGGAGUUUAGAUAAAGAAAGGGCAGUGCUGUUGCAACGAAGGAAAAGGGAAAAUAUGUCAGAUGGAGAUACCAGCGCAACAGAGAGUGGUGAUGAGGUUCCUGUGGAACUGUAUACUGCUUUUCAACAUACACCAACUACGAUUACUUUAACUGCUACAAGAGUUACAAAAGUCAAUGAUAAGAAAAGGAAAAAAAGUGGAGAGAAGGAACAGAACAUAGCAAAAUGUAAAAAAGCUUUUCGAGAAGGGUCCAGGAAAUCUUCACGAGUAAAGGGCUCAGCUCCAGAGAUUGAUCCUACUGACAGUACAAACUUUGGAUGGGAAACUAAAAUCAAGGCAUGGAUGGAUCGUUACGAAGAAGCAAAUAAUAACCAGUACAGUGAAGGUGUCCAGAGGGAGGCACAAAAAAUAGCUCUGAGAUUAGGCAAUGGCAACGACAAAAAAGAAGUCAACACCAGCAAUCUGAUUUUCAAACCUCCAGUAGAGAGCUACGUGCAAAAAAACAAGAAAAUUCUAAAAGCUGCCAAAGACUUGCCUCCUGAUGCACUUAUUAUUGAAUACAGAGGAAAGUUCAUGCUGAGAGACCAGUUUGAAGCUAAUGGCUAUUUCUUUAAAAGGCCAUACCCAUUUGUUUUGUUUUAUUCCAAAUUCCAUGGGCUAGAAAUGUGUGUUGAUGCAAGGACUUUUGGAAAUGAAGCUCGAUUCAUCAGGCGUUCAUGUACACCAAAUGCAGAGGUGAGGCAUGUAAUUGAAGAUGGAACGAUUCAUCUUUAUAUUUACUCCAUCCAUAACAUUCCAAAGGGAACAGAGAUUACUAUAGCAUUUGAUUUUGAUUAUGGAAAUUGUAAAUACAAAGUGGAUUGUGCUUGUCUCAAAGAAAAUCCUGAAUGUCCAGUUCUCAGACGUUCUGAACCUACAGAAAACAUCAAUACUGGAUAUGAAACCAGAAGGAAAAAGGGAAAGAAGGAGAAAGAUGUUUCGAGAGAAAAGGAGACUCAAAAUCAGAACAUCACGUUGGACUGUGAAGGAGCAGCUGCCAAAAUGAAAAUUGCAGAUAAUAAACAGAGGAAGCUCUCUCCCCUCAGGCUGUCCAUUUCUAACAAUCAGGAGCCAGAUUUUAUUGAUGAUAUAGAAGAAAAAACUCCUAUUAGCAAUGAAGUAGAAAUGGAAUCAGAGGAGCAGAUUGCAGAAAGGAAAAGGAAGAUGACAAGAGAAGAACGGAAAAUGGAAGCUAUCUUGCAAGCUUUUGCCAGACUAGAAAAAAGAGAAAAAAGAAGAGAACAGGCUUUGGAAAGAAUCAGCACGGCAAAAACUGAGGUUAAAUCAGAAUGCAAGGAAGCACACAUUCUCAAUGAUGCUGAAUUUAUUCAGGAGCCAGUAAAAGAGGAAACCGCCACCAAGCCUACCCCAGCCAAAGUUAAUAGAGCUAAACAGAGAAAAAGUUUCUCGCGGAGUAGAACUCACAUUGGACAACAGCGUAGACGCCAUAGAACUGUCAGCAUGUGUUCAGAUAUCCAGCCAUCUUCUCCUGAUGUGGAAGUAACUUCACAACAUAAUGAAGCUGAGAAUGCAGCACUGGUAGCUGAGCCUGAAACGGAAACUGUUGUUACAGAAAUGGUUACUGAAACAGAAGCUCCAGCACUUAAUAAAUGCCCUACUAAAUAUCCUAAAACAAAGAAGCACUUGGUCAGUGAAUGGUUAAGUGAAAAGAGUGAUAAAACAGGGAAGUCUACGGACAGUCUAUCAGAAAGGCCUCUACGCAUAACUACCGACCCUGAAGUUCUGGCUACUCAACUGAAUUCUUUACCAGGUCUCACUUACAGUCCACAUGUAUAUUCAACUCCAAAGCACUAUAUUCGUUUUACUUCACCAUUCCUUUCAGAAAAGAGGAGGAAAAAGGAACCUCUAGAAAACAUUACUGGCUCUUGUAAGAAGCGUUGGUUGAAGCAGGCUUUGGAAGAAGAAAAUUCAACAAUGAUUGAUAGAUUUAAUUCACCAUCGCAAGAGCGAUCUAGAAGUCCAGCCAUCAAUGGGGAAAAUAAAAGUCCUUUAUUACUGAAUGACAGCUGUUCCUUAACAGAUCUAACCACCCCACUGAAAAAACGAAGACUGUAUCAGCUGUUGGAGUCUGCAUUCUCAGAAACCUCCACACCCACUCCUUCUCCAUACGCCACACCAACUCACGCUGACAUCACUGCCUCCGAGACAUCAUUGUUUGCCACUCCUCCUAGGGUCAAAACAGAAGAUGAAGCUUGUAGAAAUGGUUACAAACCCAUAUAUUCACCAGUUACUCCUGUAACUCCAUGUAUACACGGAAAUACCAUGCACUUUGAGAAUAUUUCCUCACCUGACAGUUCCCCAGAAAUAAAAAGGCGAGCUUACAGUCAAGAGGGCUAUGACAGAGCAUCGAUUCUAGCACUGAAUUCUUUCAGAAAUUCCAACCUGACAGAAAUGGGCCUGCAAGAAAUAAAGACUAUUGGAUAUUCCAGUCCAAGGAAUAGGACUGAUGUCACACGGCAGUGCACUGGAGAAAUGGAAUCUGUGUCAGACCUCCAGCUGGGACUCGAAGUAAUUGAGCAAAGUGCACUGCAUAAAAAUGCGGAAGCCCCCACACAUGAUAGGACUGAUUCAAACAGCCAAUUAGAAACUGCUCAUUGUGGACGGGGCACAAUUUAUUCUUCCUGGGUAAAAAGUCCCGACAGGACAGGUGUAAAUUUCUCAAUGAAUUCUAAUUUGAGGGACUUGACCCCUUCACAUCAGUUGGAGGUAGGAGGUGGAUUCAGAAUAAGUGAGUCAAAGUGCCUGAUUCAAGACGAUGCUAGAGGCAUGUUCAUGGAAGCAUCUGUUUUUUGUACUUCAGAAGAUGGAAUUGCAUCUGGCUUUGGAAGGACUGUCAAUAAUGACAACUUGAUGGAUGGAAAUUGCACACCCCAGAAUCCUCCACAGAAGAAAAAGGUAUCCUUAUUAGAAUACCGUAAGAGACAACGAGAAGCUAGAAAAAGUGGGUCAAAGACAGAAAACUUCCCUCUGGUUGCUGAAUCUCCUCAUGCUGCUGGUGGAGGAAAUACAAGUGGUAACAAUGGUGCUAAUGAUGGGUAUAACAACAGUAGUGAAAACGGGGAGCAAACUGAUAACGCUACAAGCCUGCCUUUACCACUGCCAACUACUGUUUAUAAUGCAGCUCCAGAAGACAGUGGCAACAACUGUGCAGUUAAGGAAUCUUCGUCCAGUGAGAAGAAUGAACCAGAAGUUCAGUGGACUGCAUCAACCUCUGUGGAACAAGUGAGAGAACGAAGUUAUCAGCGAGCUUUACUUCUCAGUGAUCAUAGGAAAGACAAGGACAGUGGGGGAGAAUCACGCUGUAGCUCAUGCUCACCAUCUCAUGUUCAGUCUCCACCUUCACCUCAUUCAAAUCUCAUUUCCCAGUUGCAGCUUAAGGCCCCUUCUUUCACUGAAUUUAUGGAAGAACCCGAUACUGAAAAUCCAGAGCCUACUUCUGAAUGUCCGUCCCCAGAUACUUCACAAAAGACUUGCAAGAGUCCAUCAAAAGCAAGCAAGCCCUCUUCACCGAGUCCUGUAGUUUCAACACAGUCACUUGGGAAAACACCCACAAAACCAGAUUCGCACUGGGAAACUGCAGCUAUUGCGCCUGAGGCUGAAAGUGUGAAUCAUCCAAAACCCGAGCUGCAACAGAAACAGCUGACAAACAGUGUCCAAGCACUUUCAAAACCCCACCCAUCUCAAUCGCAUCUGCGCAGUUCUGCUGAGCAACUUACACAUCCACAGAAGUUGCCUUCCGCACCUUUGAAGCUGCAUUGUCCCCCUUCGCCUCAUGUAGAGAACCCUCCCAAGCCCUCAACCCCUCACGCACCUGUGCAGCAUGGUUACCUUUCACCAAAGCCUCACUCGCAGCCGCUGGGAUCUCCCUACAGACCUCAUCAUCCACAGUCACCUCAAGUUGGAACACCCCAGAGGGAAACACACCGUAACUUUUAUCCGGCAGCACCAACCCUUACCCCUAGUAAUCAGCAGCAGGCUAGUGGCCCCCUCUUUACGCAGACAACGUCUGGACAAUCUUCAGUUUCUUAUAGCCAGUUUAACCAACAAAGUUUGAACAGCAGCGCCCCGCCUCCCCCGCCCCCUCCACCCCCUUCUUCUACUUAUUACCAGAGCCAGCAGCCCUCUGGAAACUUCCAGAGCUACAGCCAGCUGAAGGGCAGCAUCCCCCAACAGACUGUGUUUUCGUCUGGACCAAAUCAACCGCUUCCUGGCACUGCGGGUCAGCAAACAGUGCCAGGGCAUCACGUAACUGCGGGGCAUUUUUUGCCAUCUCAGAACCCCAGUAUUCAUCACCAGGCAUCAGCGUCCGCUGCUCCACCUCCUCCUCCGCCACCCCCUGCUCCGGGACCUCACCUUGUCCAGCAGCAAAGUACUCAUCCGCAGCACUCUGUAGCACACGUUGUCGGUCCGGUUCAUGCCGUGGCAGUAGCUCCUGGAUCACACAUUCAUUCUCAGGCUGCUGGUCACCAUUUGCCACCACCGCCCCCGCCACCAGGUCCUCUGCCCCACCACCAGCCUCCGCACCCUUCCACUGGACACCAAGGUUUGCAAGCACAACACCAGCAUGUUGUAAACUCUGCGCCUCCCCCCCCUCCGCCCCCGCCCUCGGGUGUUAUUGGCUCGGGGCACCACCCGGCAUCGGCACAAGGGUUACACCACCCCUCUCACCAAGGACCGCCCCAUUUCCCUUCCAACGCUCACACGAGCGUGUCCUCCUAUUCUUCACAAGCUCCACAUCACACAACGUUAGGACCUGGACCUCAACAUCAGCCUGCUGGAACAGGACCUCAUUGCCCACUCCCCGGUCAGGGUCCUCACAUCCAACCUCAAGGACCAAACAGUAUUGCAACGCCCGCUGCUUCGGGGUUCUGCCCUCACCCCGGCUCUGUCGCCCUCCCCCACGGCGUGCAGGGGCCACAGCAGGCGUCGCCGGUGCCCGGACAGAUCCCCAUCCACAGAGCACAGGUGCCGCCCACCUUUCAGAACAAUUACCAUGGGUCGGGGUGGCAUUAAAACAGAGCCCUUUAGUUCUAAACAUUUUUAAAAUGUUCUGUAAUAUAAACUGUGUAUAUUUCAGAUGUACCUGUUCCAGGUACUUUUUAAAGCUUGUACAUGAGACUUUGUAUAAAAGCAGACACCAGUGCUCUUUCAUUGUAUUCUUUCCAUUUUUUGCUUUUUAAAAUUCCUGAGGAUGUGCGGUUAAGCCAGUAUUAGGUAUUUCUUUUUAUUUUGUAAGUGAACAUUCCAGCUGUUUUUCUGGCAGUAGGUUUGAUGCUGCAUAAUCUUUAAAGUUUUAUUGUUGCAGUUAAAUCCAUUUAGUGAAUGUUUUCUAUAUUACUUUUAUACAUAUGUAAUUAAAUGAGUACACGGGCUAAGUGAUGGCACUAACAAUUUUUUUUUCCCCAUUUUCUUCUGUCAACAGUUCUUUGUGUGCAUAGAGCUAGAAAACAAUGCAAUACAAAUUUUUAUAGUUUUGGUGUGGACAUGGCUUUUCGUUUCAUCAGUUCUUUGCAGAAAAUGUAAUUUAAUGUAUAGACUUGUUUCUAAUGUCUCUGACGAGUGCUGUAAAUACUGUAUUUCUUUCGCUUGUAAAAUGGCUUAAAGCUCCUUUCAUUUGAUAGAGUAUUGUAUAUAAGAAGUCUUUUGCAAAAAGAAGUGUGAUCUUUGUGAAAGUAGUACAGUAUAUGAUCUUUAAUUUUUUUUUUAAUAUACUGUCACAUUGCAGCACUGGUUGGGCAUUUUAAUUCAUGUUAAUAAAUCACAACUCUGUCAGUUUUAACCCCUUGUCCUAGAAGGGUGCUCUGUCUUCAGGGAUGCGGCCUUGGUGUGGGAAGCACCCCUGCGGGCGCCAUCAAGCCAGUUGCUUCGCUGCAGUUUCCAGCUGUUUCUUUCCAAAUGGUGGACAGAUGCGGAAGUGGCUCUAGGAGGGCAUUUACUCCCCCACUGAGUCUGGAGGUGAGGAAAAACCCGCUUGAAGUGUCACAGGGUCUUUUCCAGCUCGCUGUGCACAGGGGCAAGGGACAUGUCACACCCGGUGUGUGCCUUCUUGUGCAGUUGUGUGCUGGAGCCGUAUCCGACAUUCUGACCUUACCCAUUUUCCUUCUCUAGUGGCUCUUGGAGCUGUCCUGUGGGUGCAGGACAGGGGGAUGAGACCUUGGGCUUUGUAUGAAGAAUGCGCUGCAGUAUCUAUACCGCAGCCUCCCUCGUCUGCUCACCGACGGCUUAUUUCGUGCACCGAAGGAGAGCCCUGUGAGCACUGCUAACGUGGGGCAGGGAAGGUUGGGAAUGAUGCAGCGAGCUCUGUAACAGCAGCUGUUCUUUCGGGCUGGGGCUGGUGCUGCUGCAUUUGGGGGUGCAGAGUUCCUGUCACUGCCGUGUGACUGUGUCCUUGCACCUCGGCAGUGACUGCUCUGAGUUAGUGCAUUGUGGCUGCCUCAGAGCCAGAGAAGGAAGCCAGCAGCAGCAGGAAUGGGAAGCGACUGUUCCUCACUGGAAAAAGACAAUUCUAACUAGAAAAAAAAACUGGGGCUAAUUUAAAUUGCAAUUCGUCUGUAAUUCUUGAAAACUAAUUUCUAGUAAAAACAGUGCCCCAGCAACGCUCUCCUGCCCUGCUGCUGGCUGUGCAGCACCCUGUAUGGAACACACGAUGUUCUGUGCCUGCAGUGUCAGCCUGCUGCACCCCCUCCUCGCCUGCUCAGACACCUGUUAGCAAAAAAUCUGUAUCAACCUCACAGAAUCACCAGGUUCAAAAGGACCCACUGGAUCAUCGAGUCCAACCUCCAUAGCCCAAAUCUCCCUCUUCCAAGUCAGUCAUAUCAUUUCGAAGGGCAGGUCAGCUGUACAACACCCUGUGCACAGUGAGGCUGUGGAGCAGCAUCAGGAGCUGACACUGGCUUGCAGAACAGGACUGGUACUACAGAGGUUCCCAAGUUAGGUUCCACCAUAGCCAAGCAAAGGGCAGAGGCUCACCGGUACCACGGGGUUACUCUUUCCUGCUUGGCCUGAGUGUGAACAGGCACUUCAUUCCCACACUGGUACGUUCUGGGUAUUGAGGAACAAGCUGCUGGGUUGCUGUGACGCAACUGGGCCCUAUCAGGGGCUGGGCCAGCUGCAAAGCUGAACAUCACUUUUACCUCUAGCUCUGGACUCUAUGGAAGCGUCAUUCUCACUGGUGCCACCCUUUUGGCCAUUACAAGUGCCUGGCGGUGGAGGCCAAAGCACUCCGUCCUGAAGCCCAGCUGUUUCUCCUCCCCUGUCUGUGCCCGCCCCUCCGGUGGCUCUGCAGUUUGUUGGGGGAGCGGCUGCACAGGUCAUCAGGGAAGGGGAAAGGGUUGGUCUAGAAAACGCCUGCUAUGAAAUAACUCUCUUGGUUUUGUCACGCUUCACUUAGCAACUGAGUGCACAGCCCUCGCCCCACGCUGCCCGGGGGGGCCCUGCCGUACACGGGCACAGCCCUCACCCCACGCUGUCUGGGGGGGCCCUGCCGUACACGGGCACAGCCCUGCGCCCCACAGGGCGCCCACACCCUGGGCUGCUUUUGAGUGAACCAGGCUCAGCCACCCCACCCCCCCCGGCGACACCGACCUCAAGCACACGCGGAGUCAGGGCUAGCAAAGAUGCCAAUGAACAGCACACUGUCUGAAAAAACAAAACACUUUAAUUAGACAACUGCAAGCACCUCCAACAACCGGUUAUUGUUACAGCACGGGUGACCUUCUCACACUCUGGUUAUUGCAAAGGCAUGUGAGUCAAGUUCAUAAGGACAAAGUCAGGAAGAAGUGGCACCGUAGUUACAUGAAGACCAGAAGUAAGCUUACAUUCGUCCCACUGACUUCUAAAAGAGGCCCAACACCCCUCUGCACGGUACAUUCUAAAUCUGGGUUGCCUGGAAGUUUCAGCCUAUGCAGCUUUUUUUUUUUCCCCUAGGAACGCGGAAUCAUUGCAACUUCCAAGAGGUCAUCCUGUGUCUGGUGGUGGGGAAGAAUAAAGCUAGUGCAAGUCUUUAGAAACAUGUAAAGCUAUGAACGGCAUGAGCAUGAUCCUGCUUCCUGGAUUAUUUUAGCCACUGCACUGUAAGGAUUUGCAGCCGGAUCCUUCCUCAACUGAUUCUGAGCCCACAAUUCCAUUACAAAAGAUCAGUGAUUCUACACAGAGAGUGGUUCUCAUGCUCAACUUUUAAUUUUCUUUUCCUUAAGGUAUAGUACAACUGACAGUGCUUGUAAAAAGGCAACACCAUAUGGUACCAUGUCUUCACUAUCACAUUGUAAGGGAAAUUGCUAUUUUUCUUUUCUUAAAAGCACUUAAAAUAGGCAAAAGUUCUAAAAGGGAGUGCUAAAUGAGAAUGCAUACGUUAUUAGAAAGAAGUCUAGCCUUCCUUUAAAGUGCCGUUUGGGGAAUGGAAUCCUGUAAACCAGAGCCACUUUGUUUAAAAUCCAAUCAAUGGGAACUGCUACAGAAUAGAAAGUUUACACAAUUCCUUAAAGCAGUUUAAGGUCCACUACAUGCAACUGGUUUGCUAUAAAGCUCUCUAAAACUUAGUCGCUUUACUCUGAAGUUGAGUCCCCAGUCCCAUAUUUAAAUGGAAAUAAACAUUUACAGGGUGCAUUUACAUACACUAUAAUACAGGAAUGACAUCCCUUUGCCAGAAGAUAAAAUUGUACAAUUCCUCCCGUAUCUCUGUUCUGCCUUGAUAAAUUUCUUACGCUUGUAAAUUACAGAAUAUGCAUCAGCUAAAAUACUUUUUUUUUUUUUUUCCUCAUAAAUAGUUACAAAACUUGCCAAAACACGUGGGGGGGAAAGUUUCCUUUGUUCAAAAAUCCGACAUCCGAAUGCCACACAACACAAGAAACAAUGCUUAAAGACACGGUAAGUGUUUUCUGAAGAAAGUGGGUGAGUAAACUACUAGCUGAGGACAAAAA